GCACGGUCCCACGCAGAAGAACGCGGGCCUCCCCGAAACCCAAUUCGGUCCCACGCAGAAGAACGCGGGUCCCGCCGAAAGCCGGCGCGGUCCCACGCAGAAGAACACGGGUUUUACCGAGACCCGGUACGGUCCCACGCAGAAGAACGCGGGUCCCACCGAGACCCGGUACCGUCCCACGCAGAAGAACGCGGGCCCCGCCGAUUUUCAGUGCAUUCCCACGCAGAAGAAUGCGGGUCCCACCGAAACCCAGUGUGCUCCCGUGCAGAAGAACGCGGGUGCCACAUGGUCUCAUAGAAACUUAGCACUUUAG